CCUGCCUGUAUCAGAGAUAAAAGCACCUGCAGGAACUGCAGACCUUCUUCUGAUUCCGCUGCAGCCAACCCAGAGCCAUGACUCCCCGAUGCUACAUCCUGGCUUUCUCCACCGCUCUCUGCACCAUCAGCCUCCUCUGUUCACACGGAGCCCCAGUGUCCCCCACGGGUGCUCACCUGAUGCUGUGCCAGUCACACUCAAGAUGUGGGGACAAGUUCUACGACCCCCAGCAACACUGUUGCUAUGACGAUGCUGUGGUGCCCUUGAGCAGGACCCGGAAGUGUGGAAACUGCACCUUCAGGGUCUGCUUCGAGCAGUGCUGUCCCUGGUCAUUCAGACCCCAGGAGGCCUUCGUGGUAAAAGUGAGAGGCCAGGAGUGCUCCUUGGCACGGACCAUGGAUGACAGAGUUUGUUCCAGUGUCAGCUGACCAGGACGGGUGACCAGAUGACGGCGGAUUCUGCUUCCUCAGUGAGCCUGGAGACGGGGCCCUGGUGCUGACUGAGCUCCGGGACUGAGGGGAUAUUUGGGGACAGGAGACGCUCAGAGUCAAUGUGCCCGUCUGAUGCUUGCUCCUCUAGCACUCUAACUCUGUCCUAGGUGGUGACGGUCCCUUCCUAUGAUUCUGGACAAUCCUGAGAGAUUGUUUAGCCUUUGGAGGUCCCAAGUACCCCAAUGCCGACAGCUAAUACCAUGAGGCAGAACCCCAUUACCUUCGGCUCCUUUCUCACCUGGCACCAAACACACGGCACUUAAUAAACUUUGCA